AUGGGUACAGAGAUGUGUACACCACACAUUAUGGGUUUUGGACCACACAACACGAGCGCAAUGCCUUCGUUCCAGCUGCGGGUCGUGGCGCUCGUACUGCAGCAGCAUCCCAGUGUCACGGCCUUGAAGCACAUUGGCCCAGCCGUCUCCAGCUUCCUAGGCCCGGGCGUGAACCUGUCGCUCUGCACUUCGGAGGACGACCGCGCGUCCUCGUGGACGCUGUGCAACUACCUGCGGUCGGAGCCCAACUACCACCAGUGGCAGUUCCGCAAGGCGCUGGGAGUUGCUGCCGGUCGGGGGCACGUCAAGACAGUUAACUGGUUGUUGGACCAUUUUUCGGGCUUUGAAAUUCCAUCGGAAGUCGUCACAGCAGCCGCCAAAGGGGGCCAUUUCCCAGUGUUGAAGCUGCUGCUGAACCAAGACGCUGGACGUGACAAAGAGCAUGAGGCCAAGGAGGUGACUGUCCUGGACGACGAAUGGGUGGACAGCGUCCCGGUGAUGCCAAAGGGCUGGAACGGCAACGGUCCGGGCAAUGCGGUCAGGUGGGGCGGCCACGCCAUCCGCGAGGCCACUACUGCUGGGUUCUACAGCGUCGCCCGCUGGCUGCAUGACAACACGCCGCACCUGACAAACGAGAGCGAGUCCUGGGAGAUCGUCGAAAUCGCUGCGAACGCCGGGGCGAUUGCGCUCGCUGAGGCCGUGAAGCCGCCGAACCGCAACAUCAUGCAGUACAUGCACUCGGAGAUGACGCCUGCAGCCUUGAAGUGGAUACUGGAGAAUGGACAUGAAGAGCUCAUCAAGAAGAACCAGGAUAUGGCGGCGAUGGCGUUUCGGGUGGCUGCUGGCAGUGGAGACCUGGAACUCGCUCAACGCAUCGCGGGGCUGCGCAACGCCCGGAAGAGGAAUGCUGACUGGCCGUCACUGUGGGAGUGUAGUAUUAUCGAUGCGUGUUCGCGUGGCGACCUCGCGAUGGUGCAGUGGCUGACGAAGCAGCCGCUAGGUCGCAAGAUCUGCAAGCGCUUGAAGGAUGGAGAUGAUAUCACGCUCACCAAUUUGCUCCGAGAUGCAGCGGGUAGUGGCCACGUUGAAGUGGUGGAAUAUCUCUUCAGGCAAGGAUUCACGGACGAAAACGCGUCUGCCAUGGUGCGUGCGGCUCGCGAGGGUCGGUUGGAUGGCUUAUUGAACAUAAGCCACUCGACCGAUGCUGUUAAAGCUGCGGCGAGUAAUGGCCACUUGGCGAUUCUGCAGUUUAUUCACGACCAGGAAGCGUCGCUGCCCCGUGGGCUGGUGCUUGAAGGAUCCGAGUACGACGUGAAGCGAAGACUGGUAGAGAAGCCCAUUCACUGGUGGACUACAUGGCUGCUGAAAACGCACCCGGAGCUGAUUCCUCAGCGCAACCGACUGUGGAUUUCCCCCGACAAUUUAUUUGAUGCCCUCUUGUUCCUGGAAGUGAACUACCCAACGAUGUUUACUCCAGAGUUCGCGCGUGGUACCAGAGCCAAUAUGUUGAGCGAAGAUGGUGAAACUAGCGAUUUCUUGGUUCUAAACUGGCUAAACAAAUAUCCGGGCGAACCUACGGAGGAGGCAGAACCCCUCAGCACUUGGUGGACCCAGCUCUAG